CCAGAAACCAAACAGAAAGAAAGUGGAGGGAAAAUGGCGAAUGAGAAAGUUGUGGCGAAGAACUCCAGCAAGGUGGAGGCGGCGAUCGGAGCAAUCACCGGAACAUCAUCUGGAGCGCCGGAAUUGGGAGAGACUUUUGCAGCGCUAAGAGCUUCUGAGAAAUUGGUGUCUGCCAGAUCAUCAUCUGCUUCUAAAGUAGAAGAAGGUCUGAAACUCAAAGUUGUGGCGAAGAACUCUAGUAAGGCUGCGAUCGGAGCAAUUGCCAGAACAUCAUUUGGAGCGCCAGAAUUGGGAAAGACUUCUGCAGCGCUAGAAGAUUCUGAGAAAUUGGUGUCUGCCGAAUCAUCAUCUGCCUCUGAAAUAGAAGAUCUGAAACUCAGAGAGAUUGAAACUAAUAAGGCGUUAUGGGAGAUCAGAAUGAGAGAGAGCUUCGCUAAGAUCACCAGACAUCAGCCAGCUAGAGCGACAGACUCACCUCACUUGUUUCGCGAGAAACGGGCGGCGCCUGUGAAGGAAAGGCUCUAAAAAAAAAUAAAGCGAGAGGAAAGGG